GGAAGUUUUUCAAUGUCAUUGCUUAGAAGCUUCUUUGAAUUUUCCUUUAAUUUUUAUCCAUUAAUCUUAGCAUUUACAGCUGGCCUAUCCUAUCCAAUAAACCACCUUACUAUAUAAUAUCCCCCUUCCACAAUUUUCCUCCAACACUCCAAAAUUUCUUCUAAAGUUGCAAAAUAAAUGGAAGGGUUGAUACCAUUAGUUUACAAAGCAAUAGUACAGUACAAAAAUGGAAGGGCAACAUGGAUGCCGGAAUCGCCUUCGGCCUCCUACAUGAGACUUCCAGGCGAUUCGGGCCGUUUUGAAACGUCUGAUUUACAAAUUUUUGGACAUGCCGAUUCUAUGUUUUCGACAACUUCUUCAUCAUCGUCAACUUCUGUGAGUACUGUCACUAAAAGAAUGGUGUCAGGUGGAGUCCAGUCACCCGCGGCUAGAUGCCAUCGGAUUUCUUCUCGUGCUGUGAAGUGAUGAUUUGAAGUUGAAGUUUUAAAAAAAAAAUAUUGCUAAAGGAAAAUCAAUAGCAAAAGGGAUGAUGGGCUUGUUUGAGACUAAGGCGUAAUUGUUGUUAUUAUAAAUGAAUGUGACAAAACUAUGGGUUUUCAAGUGAGAUAAGCUUCUUUUGCUUCUC